AUGCUUCAAAAAAUCACAAAAGUAUAUGCAGACCAUGUCAUGCCCAUCGAAUGCGAUAUCUACACCGUCGCGGAGCCAGUGCCGGGCGCGCCUGUCGCUCUCUUCUUCCACGCCGGCGCAUUGACGGGCUGGGGCCGCGACUGCGUGCCGCCAUGGCUGGUACAGGCUUGCUGCAAGCAGAAAUGGCCGCUCAUCAGCGCCAGCUACCGCCUCAUGCCUCAGACGGGCACCGCCGGCCUGGCGGAGGACGUCACGGCCGCGUACGACUUUGCGCAGAGUUGGGACUGCAGCAGUGACAAGAAGCGGCGGGUCAUUGUCGUCGGCGCCAGUGCAGGAUUCUUUCUGGCCUCGUUUCUCGGCCGCACCGCCAACCCGCCGCCGCUGGCUCUCUUUUCCAUUGCCGGCAUCAACUCCUUCACGCACCCCUUCUACCGCUCCUCCGUUCUCGUGACGCCCGAGGUCACGCCCGACUCCGCCGUCGAGCCCGCCCUCGCCGGGCCGCUGGUCGUCGGCCGGUCCAUCCCCAACGGCCACGACGACGCCAGCAUCUUCCGCGUCGAUGCGCUUCAGAGCGACGCCGCCCGCGAUCCUGCCUGGACGCCGCCCGCGGUGCCGGACACGCGCACGCCGCAGGAGAAGCAGAUGUGGGACGCCCGCGCCCUGCUGUACCGGUACUUGAUCUACCACAACCGCUGGCCGGACAUGACGGCGGCGCUCGACGGCGGACGGGAGUGGCACGCGUGGACGGCGGCGCGCAGGGCGCAGUGGCCGCCGACCGUCAUCUUCCACGGAAGUGCCGACUCGGCUGUGCCGCUGGAAGUCAGCGAGCAGCUGCGCGAGGUCAUGGGCGCCGACAAGGUGUCGGUGUUUGUGGCAGAGGGUCAGGAUCAUCUGUUUGAGCGCGCCAUGUUUCUGGAGGACGAGAGGCCCGGCAUGAAUGCGGUACGGGACGCUGUGGCAAAGUUGGUCGAGGUAGUGAAGCAGGCAAAUGAGAGAAAGUAA